AUGGCUGACUGCCGCGCACGCGCAAGACAGCCAGGGCGCGCGGACGUGCUGGCGGCGCUGGAGCCCUUCGUGUUCGAGUGGGUGGUCUCGAGGAGGGGCAGCAUCAGCGCGGAGCACGGCGUGGGGCAGCACAAGCGGGGCUACCUCUCCCUGCAGCGGCCGGAAGCUGUGCUCGGCGUGAUGAGGGGCGUCAAGGGCAUGUUGGACCCCCGGGGUAUCAUGAACCCGUUCAAGCAUUGUUACGGAACGGGUAAAAUUAAAUGUGCUAUGGUACCUGUCGCUGUGGGGGUCGAACUGCCUGUCUUGGGUUGCGUGCCGAGCGUGAUCAACAGAUGGUAG